CUCUCUGUUGGUUAGGUUACUAACUAAGAUGAAUCUAGUUAGGAAAAAAGUGGAUUUGUGAGCUACUAUGUGCUUCUGUAUUCUUUGGUUUUUAAAUGCCUGUGUAUUGAUCGAAUUGCAUAAAGCUUACAGAAAACGUAUCUGAACUAUUAUUUAUAUUGUAUAAUGGAUAUUGAUAAUCCAACUCCACAAGAUCUUCAAAGAAAAUUAUAUUUUUUAGUUGAACAACUUCAGCAUAUGGCUGGAGAACUCCCACCGAAAUAUCAAAUGAGACUUCCUUACGAAUUGUUAUCUGCCUUAGCAAAUUCUUUAUUAAAUGACACCAUUUUUGAGAUUGUCAAAGGUUUAAUGGAAAUACAACAUGUUACUGAAAAACAUUUAUUUCAGCAAAGAUUGCAACUUUUAAAUCAACAAAAAAUAGAAACUCAAGAAUCAUUGUCAAAAGUAACAACGGAUGAGGAAAGAAUGGCAAUAAAAGCUGCACUUUAUAAAAAACACAAAGAUGAGUUGAAACAAAUAGAUAUGAAACUGGUAUUGCAAUUAGAUCAAAAGGUAUCAGAUCAACAAAGUAUAUUAGAAAAAGCUGGUGUACCUGGAUUUGAAGUAACAAAUAAUCCAAUUGAAAUUCAAGUACAAAUGAGGUUAUGUGAUUUUAUAAUAAGAUUAAGUAAAAUGGAAGUACCAAGGCCAUUGCCAAGGUUGAGAAGAUACUUCUCCUUCUUUCACUUUGAGAUCUGAAUUUCCUUGCAACAUGACAGCAUGUGAUUCCAAAAAUCUAUCAAGGAAUCCAGGUGCAUAAACUUGAAAACUUACAUUGGGUACUGUAAAUGAUAUUUAAAAUUAUUAAUAUUAAAUCUAGUAUAUAUAUUAAGAAUUUCUUAUAAAAUAAAUCGAA